AUGGCGACUCCGGAUCCCCAAGAAAACGAGCAAGAGUUCGAAGGUGCUUCCUGGGAAGAAGAGGAGGAAGAAGGGUAUGAGGGUGCCAAUGAGACUCAGCAUAGUGACCAAAAAGAUCAAGAACCCGACUCUGCACUUGCUCAACCUUCCCACGGUGAACCAGAAGAACCAGAAGACGAAGGCGACGAUGACGAGGAUGGAGAAGAUGAUGGCGAAGAUGAUGGCGAAGAUGGCGAAGAGGACGACCAAGAGGACAUGGAGGAACAGGACGAGACGGAGGAGCUGGAGGAACAGCAGCAAGACGAUGACAACGAUGGCGAUGGUGAUGGCAGCGACGAUGGCGCCGAGUACGACCCCGAGUCCGUUUCGAUCACACCGAUCCCUCAGAUCACAGAACCUGCCUCCGCCCCUGCUCCUGCCACUGCCCCCGCGCCGGCCGCGCCGGCCAAGCCAAGGGCUGCGAAGCCUAAGGUGUCCGGAGGAUUCCUAGUGGGAGACUCGGACGAUGAGGACGAUGAUGCGCCCCGUUCCAACUCUGCACUGGGUCAGGUGGCUUCCAUUUCCCGCCCACAAUCCGCCCUGAAUGUGUCAACACCCAACCAGGCCCAAGUAGGCGCCUCGUCCACGCCGGUCAACGGUGGGCCAUAUGCUCCUCCUGCUUCAGUUGCUGCUGCUUCCGCGCCCGCGUUGGCCACAAGCGCUUCUCCUAGCGUAAGCGCACCUCACACUGCCACAACACCUGCUGGCAGGGAUCCAGGUGACGUUGUCGGCCGACUUGAGGAUCGGAUCAAGGAAGACCCUCGAGGCGAUAUGGACGCAUGGCUUGCGCUCUUCGCAGAGCUCCGCCGCCUCAGCCACGUCGAUGCUCUGCGUCAGGCCUACGACCGCUUCGUCACAACAUUCCCACAAGCUGCCGACAUAUGGGUUGAGUGGAUCAAGCUUGAACUCGACAGCAUGAAUACAACUGCCGCCGAGGCACUUUUUCAACGCAGCCUUCUCACCGUCUCAGAUGUUCAGCUGUGGACUACCUAUAUCAACUACAUCCGCCGCCGCAAUGACCUCAGCAACGAUCCCAACGGCCAGGCACGCCAGGUCAUCAGCCAAUCCUACGAAUUCAUCAUCGAUAACGUGGGCAUGGACCGCGAAUCCGGCUCACUGUGGAAGGACUGGAUCCAGUUUAUCAAGAGCGGGCCUGGCGUCGUCGGUGGCCCUGGCUGGCAGGACCAGCAGAAGAUGGACCAGCUACGCAAAGCUUACCAUCGUGCUAUUACCGUGCCCAUGUCAGCCCUAACGGAGCUCUGGAAGGAUUACGAUCAGUUUGAAUUGGGCCUGAACAAGGCUACGGGCCGGCAAUUCAUCCAGAAGAGGUCGCCUGGCUACAUGACGGCCAAGUCUGCUUCCUUACAAAUGGAUCGCAAGAUUGGCAACCUCAACCGCACUUCCCUGCCCCGUCUUCCUCCAGCACCAGGUUUUGCUGGUGCUACCGAGUACAUGGAGCAAGUCAACAUCUGGAAGCAGUGGAUUCAAUGGGAAAAAGAAGACCCGCUCGUUCUUGCGGAUGACGAACCUGAGGUACUGAAGCAGCGCAUUCUCUACGUUUACAAGCAAGCCCUGAUGGCAUUGCGUUUCUGGCCCGAGAUGUGGGUGGACGCUGCCGAGUGGUGUUUUGAGAACAACAUCUUCAAAGACGGGGUCGAUUUGGGCAUCAAGUUUCUCACAGACGGCAUUGCGGCAAACCCCGAGAGCGUUCUACUGGCUCUCAAACAUGGCGACCGGAUCGAAAUGACACUUCCCGUUGCCGAUACUGAGGAAAGCAAGGAGGAGCGAGCAAAAGCAAUCCGCGCGCCCUAUGACCAAGUCUUGGAGACGCUCUACCAUAUGAUGCAAAAGUUGAAGGAACGCGAAAAGAACGAGCUUGCCAAGAUCGAAAAGGCAGCGACGGAGCACGCUGGGCGUAACGACGGGGACGAUAAUGACGACCAGGACCAGACACUUGCCCUCGAGCAGCGAACGCAGGCUGUCAAACAGGGCUUCAGCCUUCAGACUGAGCUGCUGAAGCGUACUAUUUCCUUUAUCUGGAUCGCUCUUUGUCGCGCGAUGCGUCGCACGCAGGGCAAGGGAUCACAGACCAAGGGCCUUAGGCAGGUCUUCACCGAAGCCCGUGGCAAGGGUCAGCUGACAAGCGAUGUCUAUGUGGCUGUCGCCUUGAUAGAGUCCGUGGUAUACAAGGAUCCUGCAGGUGGUAAGAUCUUUGACCGUGGCGCCAAACUGUUUCCCGAGGAUGAAGGUUUCAUGCUGGAGUACAUCAAGUACUUGCACUUGAAGGAUGACACAACGAAGCGGUACUCCGUCGAUAGCUUCGACCCUAUUGCUUAUCGACUGAUCAUCUCACCUGCCGUCCAGCUGCGGCCCAAUCUCGUCAUGCCCUCGAUUGAGCAGGCCACAUCUGUCCGUGACGCUACUCCGUUGCCAACAGCGAGCCCAGUGCCUCAGUACCUCGGUACGACAAAUUCUCCAAAAAGGCCUUAUCCCGGCGACGACCAGGAGGAAUACAACCGCCCACGCAAGCUCGCUCGUGGACAGUCGCCUCUCAAGGGUGCAGCAGGUCGCCGUCUUGACCAGCAGCGACAGAACCAGGGCGCACCGCUUGCUCGAGACAUCACAUUUUUCCUUGGUAUCCUACCACCGACGCACUCGUACAAUGCCCAGCUCUUCAGCGCCAGUGGCCUCGUGAACCUUCUGCGGGACACUCCCGUACCAGAUUACAAGUCCGGUGCCACAUUUGAAGGUAGUUCCGGAGCCUACCGCCGAGAUGCGCAGCAGCAGUUUACGCAACCACCUCCAGGCCAGUGGCCGCCGCCGAGCGCGCCACAGUAUGAAGGCAGUGCCCCUUCGAGCUGGCCGCCGCCACCGAAUGGCUACUCUGGAUAUACAGCCCCCCCUACGCAGCAGUAUGGACAAUAUCAGUAUUAG